AUGCGGUUUUACAAGUAUUGUGAUUUAGUCAACGCUAAUACUAACUAUGCAAAUCGGAUGAAGAUGCUCAGCAAUCGUAUUUUUGGUGAAGUUGUACGGCCAACUAAUGAAAAAUCUAUGAGGGUAGUGAAAAUGUUUAGUGAAGAACCAUUAUACAAAAAAGAAAAUGUUAUAAACUACUAUCCUCGUCAUAUAGAGACGGGAUUAUUAAUGAAGAAACUCCGAGAAUAUGGUUUGUUUAGAGAUGAACAUCAAGAUUUUAUUGAAGAAAUGAGAAGACUUAAAGCUCUAAGGGGAAAAGUGUUUGUUAAAGGAGAAAAAAAAAGAAAAGCAAAGAGUAUUUUAUAA